AUGGCCAACCCUCCAACCCUGGCCCAACUAACGGCGUCCCUGACCUCCCUCGGCCUCCCCACACCCCACCCCUCUUUCCUAUCUCCAAUCCUCGCCAACGGCCUCCAAAAGAAGACCCCCCUGCCCGGCCUCAUCGCAACCGCUAAGCUCCGUCUCCUCUGCGCCGACUUCUCCUCACCUCUCAUCCUCGCAUCAAACCCUGCACCCCCAGCAUUCCCACCAAACAUCACCGACGUCAAGAUUCCAGCACGGAAACUGGACAGAGAUGUGGUUGUUCAGGUGCUAGAUGUAGAGGAUAUAGGGAAGAGCAAAUGGUCGCAGAUUGAGUUGCUUGAGAGUGUGAGGAAGGGAGAGACGACCAAGGGGAGGGAGGUUAUUCGUGUUGUUCCGAAUGAGGAGAAUCGGCUGCCUUCUUCUGCUUCUACUCAAGCGAUAGGAACCCAGGCGGCGGGUAGGCAAGGAGAGGGAGGGAAAGAGGGACCGUUCAAAUUGCUGAUGCAGGAUUGUAAAGGGAAUAGGGUGUAUGGAUUUGAGUUGCACAAGGUACAGAAGGUGGAGUAUCCGCCGGGGAUGGGCAUUGGCUGUAAGAUUUUGUUGAAGAGGGGGAGUCAGAUCGCUAGGGGGAUGGUGCUGUUAGAGCCGGAGAGGACGGUGGUGUUGGGGGGUAGGAUUGACGGGUUGGACAAAGCUUGGAGGGAGGGGUGGGAGCAGAGACUUAGGGAGCUAGUUGAGAGAGAGACAAGGGGGAGGGGUGGA